UUUGAGGUUAUUUUUUAAUCUCUGAAGAAAAGCUUGUUUGUUGUUAAUAUAAUUUUUCGUAAAACUGAAAAGGUUUUCAGCUUUUCAGUUAGUAAACAAAACAAACCAUGGCUAAACAUCAUCCCGAUCUUAUCUUCUGUAGAAAACAACCAGGCGUUGCUAUCGGUCGUUUAUGCGAGAAAUGCGACGGCAAAUGUGUGAUUUGCGACUCGUACGUGCGGCCUUGCACGCUGGUGCGGAUAUGCGACGAAUGCAACUACGGCUCGUAUCAGGGCAGAUGCGUUAUAUGCGGCGGGCCCGGCGUCUCGGACGCCUACUACUGUAAGGAGUGCACCAUACAGGAGAAGGACAGAGAUGGGUGCCCGAAGAUUGUGAACUUGGGCAGCUCCAAGACAGAUCUGUUCUAUGAGAGAAAGAAAUAUGGUUUCAGGAGGCACUAGCAGUAAAUUUUGUUGGUGAUCAUAAAAGACUUAUAGACUCUGAAGAAGUUGUGUGGUGUUUUAUAAGUGUAAUUGAUUGAAUGAAGUUUUCAACUGAUUUGUGGAGAUAAAUAUUACUUAGUAAAUUAAAGAUAUACUGAAUAAUACUUAGUCUGUCUUCCUUGUCAGACUAAAUAUGUAAACAUUAAUAAUAGACAAGUUAUUAGUCUAUACAGAUGGUUGUUAAAACAAGCAGUUCUUGUAAUAGUGUCCACAAAGCUCACUGCAUAUGUAACUUGUUUUAUCUCUCUUUACUUGAAUGAUCGUCUUAGCAUGAGACAAAGAUAACAGAGACACGUCAUGUGGGCAUGGACAAGAUGUGUUUUUUUAUUCUUUACAAGUUAGCUACUGCAAUCUCACCUGAUGAUGCAAUCUAAGAUGGAAGCGGGUUUACUUGGUAGAAGGAUGAAAUUCCCACGAAACACCCACAAAAAUCACUUGGUGGUACAUCUUUGUCGGUAUGGUGGUAACUAGCCAUGGCCGAGCCAGGAAUUAAACCCAGGAUCUCUGUCUUGUAAAUCCACUGCACUUACCACUGACACCACACUCCAUCCACAUGUUAAUCAUGUUCCAUAUGCAGUGACCUUAGUCAAGCUAUUUGAAUGUCAAUUUGAAAAUAAAUGGUGUUUUCGCGGAUGCCUGUGAAAUUUAAUUUUUUAUAAAUUCAUGGGAAUCAUUAAUUUUCCCAAGAUAUAACGUAGUCUAUGUUCUGCUUCAAGGUCCAAUUUAUCUCUAUAUGUGUCAUACUGACUCGAGAAUGUAUUUGAUUUUGAAUUCUGUAACACGACAGUGGUGUUCUGUGGACUCUUAUCUGCCUAUUAUUCUUUAAUCUGUGAAAUCUGAUAUAAAACAAAUUAGAAAUGAAGGUAAAAAAUGCAUUGCAUUUCAUACAAUGUUUGCAUAGAGUUUGGAUUUAUUCUGUAAGUAAUAUGUUAGUUUUAUGAUGGGAUAUGAAAAAGAAAAUACAGUACAUAUUCACACUGAA